CUCGCCUCAGUACAUCAACCACCAUAUAUCCAGGCUUUUGAGCUGGAAUGGUGUUAAAACUGACGCACUUCACCCCGUUGCACUCUGGACCGAGUUUAUAAUCUGUUGACUGCGUGUUGCAUUUUUUUUUCCCUUCCAGUGGUCCUCAAGGGCACCCGUCCCUCUCUCGCUACAACAUUGUCAGCUUUAACGGAAAUUUUGUUUACAAGUAUAUGCAUCCCCCCUUGUCUCUGGCCGUUCAUCGAUCAGCACCAUGACUUCCUCGCGACUCCCGGCCUUUGCGCUGUUCCCGAUAGCGGCAUGGCGGGACCAACUUCCAGCCGACGAAUGGGUUUCCUGUCUCAACGCUUGGGUAGCGCUCCUCGGCAGUCACCUCUCCCUCUCCGACCCGGAAUUUAGCACAAUCUCCAUCAACGAUGACAGCUUACAAGCCUUUCUCACUUCUUUCGCACGAGAAGUCGCGCUGGGCGGCGCGGCGACACUGGGUUCUUCUUCCGCAGCAAAGCGCCUGGUGAAAGAUUGCUUUAGUGUUGUUGCCAGACUUCUUCGGUCACCGUCGCCACCACCUGGACUGGUACAGUGGGAGUUCUUGUCCGAUCUAAGCCGCGUUUACGGCAAAAAGAAGGUUGAACGUCUGCUUGAUAGCGUGUCGGCCAACUCGAAGGGACACUUGGACAGCUCUCUGUCUAGCCUCAAAAGAUUCCUCAUCAAAAAUAUGGAUGCUGGUCUCAAUGGGGGCGAUCUCAAGGGCAUUGAGGAGCGGUUGGAGAGGGUAAACGACCUCAUCCGAGUCUCUACCUCAGUGGCCGAAUUCUUUGUCGCUGGGAGCGACUUUGUGGACGGACUGAUCAGCUGCUAUAAAAUUACCAACCCGCCGCUGAGGAGGGCACUGAUAGCGACGACGUACCUCUGUCUUACCGGUCUGGCGGAAGGGCAAAAAAUGUCGGCUCUGACAGACCAGCUCUACUCUCUCAAGGCCGCCGCAGACACGCACAGGGCGGGACCGCUUAACGCCAACGACUCGCUGGUGGCCGAGCUUGUAACUUCCACGCCUCUUCUCCAACGACUACAGCGGAAACUCGAGGAAUCUGCCACCCCUUUCAACCGAACCAAGUCUGUCCUUGCCGAGUUGUCAGCCUUCAAGAAACCCGGCGGCGGGUUGACCAAACCUAAGCGUCUCAUCAAGCGCAAGAUCGACAAGGGCAAAGGCAUCGCCGAGUACGACGAAGCCCAAGCCCAGCAAGACUUGAACGUCCACCGCAUGAGCCAGAUCUCUCAGAUCCAGGACCUCUUCCCCGAUCUCGGCACGGCCUUCAUCUCCAAGCUCCUCGACGAGUACGCCUCCAGCACGGAGGAAGUCAUCUCCCACCUCCUCGACGACUCCCUCCCGCCACAUCUCCAAUCCGCCAACCGCUCCGAGGACCUCGCUCCCCAGCAGCCAUCCCCCCUCAAACCACGCCGCGACUCGUUCGUCCCACGUCCGACCCCACCCCUGAGCCCUUCCAACCCACCCAUCCCAAACAACAACAACGACGACGACGACGACAACGACGACGACGAUCUCGCCUUGCUCGCGGGCCGCGCCGGUGGCAAGCUGCACAUCGGCAAGCGCCCGGGGGACGCCGACGCGCUGCUCGCGCAGCGGCCGACGGCCGGCAGCAAGUCAGCGAUCCUCUCGGCGCUGGCCGCCUUCGACUCGGACGACGACGAGCGCGACGACACGUACGACGCCGCCGACGUGGGCGGGACCGUCGACGCGUCCGCGUCCGCGCCGCCGCCGGACGGUUACGGAUACGGAUACGACAAGGACAAGGACAACGACAACGACAACGACAACGACGGCGCUUCUGCGCUGCCCGCGGACGCGGAGGCGACCCUCUUCCGCGCGUGGAUGGCGAACCCCGGCGCGUUUGCGCGGGAUACUGGGGCGAGGAAGGGGAGUGAGAGGGCCAGGUUGCGGGCCGAGACGGGCAUGAGGGAUGAGGCGAUCGAGGGGUGGGCGGUGAUGCUGGGGCGGGAUGCCGGGAUGAAGAGGAGGUUGACGGCGAGGUACGGGGAGUGGACUGGGGAGCAGGCCGAGUUGCCGAGCACGGCGUGGCGGGCAGGUGACGAUAGAGAGGAAGGAGGCAGUGAAGGGACGAGCGGCGGUAGAGGGAGGGGUGUUGUUGUUGUUGUUGGUGGUGGUAGGGGCCGUGGGAGGGGGAGAGGAGGACGGGGCGGUAGUAGGGGUGGAGGUGCAGCAGCGUCACCGGGCCCAGACUCGGACCUUGCAAGAAGGAGAAAAGAGGCCAACAAGGGGAGCCGGGCGAACCAUAAUCGGCGGGAUCAGAGGGCAAGGAAAAUGGCAAGGGCCGGGUUUGCUGGCUGAUCGAUCAGGGAUUGAUUGGUCGAGUUCUGUAUCCUCUCUCCCAUCUCAACAGCUCUCAACAAGAGGAACAAUCCCCGCCGCAACAUAUACAAGCAACCUGACGGAAGUCAAGGAAAAUUCGAACAAGAG